AUGGAUCUCGGCCCCUCGUCGCGCAAUGGAACUCCUCUACAACAACUCUACGGAUCGCGGCGGUCAUUACGAUGGAUCGUGUUCCUCGUGCUCGCCGCCCUCGUCAUCAUUUACAUGACCGGAUCGACCUACGAGCCUUACAGUGUCGCGGCCGGCGUCGGCACCAGCAGCUCCAGCCGCCAUUCUUCCACGUCUGGGUUCAGACAUUCGCACAAGAAGCAGGCCAAAACCCUGAGUCCGGUGGAUCUGUUGAAGAGACCGAUCUCCCGCGACCUGCAGACCAUCCCCAAGCUGAUACACCAGAGCUGGUCGUCCACCGAGCUGCCGGGGAAGUUUGAGCGCUGGAGCUCGACGUGCCGGGAACAACACCCUGACUGGGAGUGGGUGCUGUGGACGGACGAGGACAAUGAAGAGUUGGUCCGGACACAUUUCCCGUGGCUGUUGAAGACAUACUUGGGGUUGCCGAGUGUGAUCUACCGCGCCGAUUUGGUGCGAAACCUCUAUAUGUAUAUGUUCGGCGGAGUAUAUUCCGAUCUGGACGUUGAAUGCCUCCGGCCGGUCGACGAGCUAUUCAAUCAGUACAACGUGACGACCGCCCCCCACGGGAAACCCAAGCCCCAAUCCGCACAGAACAUGCUGAAGAGCGGCCGAAAAGCGUUCUUUGGCCGGAUGGGCACCGACCACGGCUCGUCCAACUCGAUCCCCAACGCCUGGAUGGCGUCGACACCGGGCCACCCCUUUUUCCUGAUCGUGCUCGAGUCGGUCAUGAAGAGGAUGACGGAAGAAGGCGACGACAUCGAGAACGUCGAAGGCAUCACGGGUCCCGGCAAGCUCUACGACAUGAUCAACGAAUACCGUCAGGAGGACAGCAAGUGGGCGGGCGAGGCGCUCGACAAGCACGUCUCCAAGAACCCGACCGCCAAGCAAUUCAACCCGCGCAAGGGACUGAAACAUUCCAUCGAGGUGCUGCCCUUCCAGUACAUCUACCCGUACUCGUGGGAACGCGACGGUGAGGCGUACCGAGAAGUGUGCUGGGCCACCAAGGAGGCGUUCGACCCGGAGCGGUGCAAGCAACUGCUCGCGACCGACCACUGGCCCAGUUACUUCAUCACCUACUGGAGCCACACGUGGACGAGUGGCGGUCAUGACGACGGCAAUGUACAGAAAGUUCAGAUGGCCGAUCAGUAA